CACAGGUGGAAGCACAGCUUCUCUUUCCUUGGCUGCUGUACAACUGGGAAUUUUCAGCUCUGAGUCAAGUGUGAAAAGGGAUGGAGGAAAAAACCAAAAUAGAAGAUUAGCCAUACCUGAAAAAUGGUGCACUCUUUAAGCUCAUGCACUGAUGGCGGUGCCUCCCCAUGUAGGGUGGCUGUGCCACAGCCCAUUGCUGACAGCUGCAACGAGCCUUGUGUUCGUCAGUGUCCUGACUCCAGGGUGGUGAUCUACCCUCCGCCGGUGGUUGUGACCUUCCCUGGACCUAUCCUCAGCACCUUCCCGCAGCAGAGCAUCGUGGGAUCUGCAGGAGCCCCUGAAGUUGGAACUGGCUUUAGUGCUGCCCGUGCUCCUGGGGGCUCACAUGUUUAUGGUGGUGCCAGAUGGGGACGAGGAUAUCCGAUUGGAAGCUGUAGACCAUGCUAAACCUAGUGAGAGUUGCUGCUGAAAGAAGAAUGUCCAGGAGAUGACAAGCAGGAUGUAGCUAUGUGGCCAAGCUCCAGGGCACAGCAUUUAGGAAAGCUUGAGCAUUUGGGGCUGCCAUUAAAUGCAUCUGUAGAUGCUCAGAUCUUCUGAAAAAUCCAUUUACAUCCUUCUCAGAUGACCAUUCCUGAUCUUCUCUUUUGAAUGCCUUCCUAACUUUCUAAGUGCUCUGUUCUUGAUGCUAUGGACUAUAUUACUAACACCUUGGGGGCUUAUAGGUAUCAUUGUGGCAAUGUAAAGGGAUCUGGUAUGAUAUCCAUUUUAGAUCCCUUUGUGGGCUCUUCCUGUGGCUACUGAUCCAUCGAAAAGGGUUGUGCAGUCAACUAGCCUAUGCCCUGUUUCUGUGCUGUAUGCGUCUAGCUAUGAUCAGGGCUGAAUAUCAACACAGAGCUGCAAUAGGGAAGCAACAUCAAUUAUUACAUGAAUCAUCUUGCAUCAAACCACAGGUUGUGAGCAAUUUGUAAUCUGUACUAUAUAAUCCUGCCUCUGUAUGAUCUGCUUCUUUCUUAUUAAACAUGACAUUGCAACAAGUUAUUGGCAAAUAUGUGUGGGUGCGUGUCUGUGUGUUCCCCCCUGCUACUCAUAAUUCAGUUGCCUUUGUCCUGCUGCACCAAACCAAUCUUAUUGGUCUGCUUCAGGAUAAUGAUAUUCUUGAGAGAUUUGGCAGUGGGUUGUGUGUGCAUCUCCUUUCCACAGCAAUCUCUAUGCUGUAGCUGUCCCUUCAUGAUACUGCUGCCCACAUCUUCGCUUUCAUUGUUCCUGGUCUUGCUCAGCCCUG